AUCAUUAUUUUUAUAUAGAUAUCAAUAUUACAUGUAAGGUUUUCUAUCAUAUAUUUAACUAUAAAUAAUUAUUUGAAAUAUAUUGUUUAAGGAACAUUUUAUGUUUUCAGAUAAUAUUUGCAGUUCAAUAUUGGAAUUAAAGUUUUAUGUCAAUUUAUGUGCAAGACAUUGAAGUACCAGCCUAAUUUUCUGCUUUAUUUGUGGAAUAGGUUGCAGAAUUAUCCUUCUAGUGCUAAGGUUUUAAAGUCUUGUGAUAAAAUUGUCAAAAUGAAUCUUUUUGAGCAAGAAUAUGUAAAUGUUUUUGCUGAACCUAUCUGUCUUCUUCUCCUUCAUAAAGAAAACUUUAUGUGUACACUGUCAGAGUUGCAUGAAAAAGAUGUAAAUUUAUGGCAAGACCAGCUUCGUCUUUUCAUACGUGAUGUGAUAUCAGAAUUAUUAGAUGUUCAAUCUGUCCUGUCAUCUAUUGAUGAUGAAAAAUUAAAUCAAGGUUUCACAUAUCAUCAUCAAGUAUUUCUAGCUUUAAAAAAGUUGUACUGUCAAGUGAAAGUUUUAGAAUCUCAAAUAUGUUUUCUUAUAGGUGAUAAUGUUUUAAUUUCUUCUGUUAAAGAUAUGGUAGAUAAAUGGCUUUAUAUUGAAAGGAGACUACCAGCUAUCAUUUGUUGGUUUAUACAUAAGUUAUAGCAUUUCCUGAAUUUAUUUAUAUUAUUGUGCAUUUGUACAUUUGUGUAUGUAUGUUAAAAUUUCUUUUUAUUGUUAUGUUUGCAAAAUAAGAUAGGAUGAAACUGUUUUAAACAGUUUGAUUUAUUUUUAAUAAAAUGAAUCAUUGUA